AAAACAACUCGGGACACACGAGCGGUUGACACGCACUAGGCUAGCGCUACUGGGAUAUAUAAACCUAAGACGUUCGAGGCCAGUCUUCAGAUUCUCAAGUGACGAGGUCGGAGUAGCACGUCUAAAAGUCAGGCUCUCGUGCCAAAAACAAAUACCCUGCUAUAGUACAGUGUGUGUUGUUAUUACAUGUGAGACACACGUGAACGAUAAAACACCGUCUUCUCGUAUUAAGUGUGGAGUGCGCUCGCGUAAUGUGACUCGUGACUUCAAGUUCGUCCUGAUAACAAAGAGCGGGUUUAUUGAACUGUUUUUUUGCCUCAUCGGAGAAACUUCUCAGCGGGAAAUACUCGCGGAUUCAGUGGGAGAGAUCGCACUUUUCCACGGCGGAGCUCAAGACCCCGACGACACCAUCGAAGUUCUCUCUACACACACUGCGUGGUAUAUACCACCACCAUGUUGAAGUCCAUCUACCAGGGCCUGGCCAGCGCCUGCAGUAUGGUCGACUGCUGCUUCGGCUUGCGACCCUGCCACCAGGCCGUCUUCCCCUGCAUCCGGAGCUGCUCUUACGGCGACCGUAAGGUCUUCUACAACUACGACGGCACCGAGACCGUGGAACCCUUGGUGGACUACUUCAAGCCCACCAACACUCCAGUCAAAAGGAACAUGAUCAGGGGGAUGAAACUGGACAAAGUCGAGCUGAAACAGGGCCUGAACGCCGUCCAACAGAUCGCGGCUGUUGUCCACUUUGCCCAGAAGAAUGACCUGAAGGUCCGGGCCGUGGGCACGGGCUCCUCUUGGUCCAAACUGACCAACGUCAGGGAUGUCCUGAUAGACAUGACGGCACUCAACCAGAUUCUUCGGGUCGAGAAGCAGACAGAGGACGGUUCCCUGUUCCACAUCGAGGUCCAGGGAGGUAUGAAACUCCACGACUUUGUCCGCGUGAUCGACGAGGAUUACGGCAUGAGCCUGCCGUGCAUGGGCAACUACGCCGGCCAGACGAUUGCCGGCAUCAUCAGCACGUCCACGCACGGUACGGGACAGGACUAUCCCACUAUGUCUAACUUUGUAGCCGAGCUUCACAUGAUUAUCUGUGGGGGAAUUGAGGUGCGGGUCAGGAUACCCCGAGAAGGGGAAAUAGACGAAGAUUUCGAGACGGUACGUCGGCGGGUUGAAGCUGCCAAGUACGGCGACCCUGUGUUGGACAUUCACAGCACCGACGUGUUCCGUGCCGCCGCCGUGGGCUUCGGCUCCCUCGGAGUCAUCUACUCGGUCACGCUGACCUGCGUCCCCGUCUACAACAUCCGAGAAACCAGACACUAUAUCGAGAUGGACUGGCCGGAAUCGAUUACUGCCGACUCGAGACCGAUCACGCAAGCCCCCGUCUCUACCACCACUACCGGGGGUUUCAAACCGACAACUUACAGCACGAACUCUGAGGCUGGGGAAUCGAUACCAACGGAUUCGUGUCGAGACCAGAAGCCGGUCUUCAGGAUACCGGAGACGGUGAAGAGCAUGUCUGCCGGCCAGGGGAAGUACUUCUCGUUCUUCGUCAACCCGUUUCCGAGGCGGAGUCGAGAGGAUCCGAGCCGGACCGUGCUGAAGAGCGUCUACUUGUCGGGGGAGAGGACGGAGUCCACGGGCAGCUGCCAGUGCGAUUGCUGCCUCAACUUCCAGUGCUGCGCGUGCACGGGAUGUCGGGGGCAGAGUGCCUGCCAGAUCGUUCAGACAGACUGUUCUGCCUCGUGCCUGCAGCUGGGAGCUCAUUGCCUACCGUCUUUCAUCCCGUGGUUCGCGGACUGCGGACUGCAUCAGUUCGCCCGAGAUGCGCCCUACAUCCAGAAAUGGUACAACGUGCUCACCUUCACCAACGGAAACCUACAUAUCAAGACUGCCGAGUACUGCAUCCCACUGGAAGAUCUUGACGCGGCCCUGGCAGACAUAGUCAGAGUACUUCAGGAGUACGGCAAGUUGUACCAGACCUACACGCUUCUGCCCAUCUACGUGCGUAUGGUCAAGGCGGACGACUUGUACAUGAGCCCGGCCAACCGGCACACACCGGACGGGGGUCUCUGCGACCGGUACUGCUACAUCGAGGUGCCUUUUCUGCCUGGUGCAUACGGCAUUGACGAAUUCCACAAGAAAUUGGAGGAUUUUCUGUUCACCAAGUACCGGGCGCGGCCCCACUGGAGCAAGAACAACUUUUUGAGCUUCAACAGGGUGGAGAGGCUCUAUCCUUACUUGGACAAGUGGAGGCGCGUCUACACGCUUUUCAACCGCGACGGUACGUUCGACAACGAGUUCACCCGAAAAUGCGGCUUUGAUGACUUCCAUCUGCAGAGGAUGUCGGAGGAGUCGGAGGAGGGGGCGGGGCAUGGGAGGAGUCGGGGGCGGGACAGGUCGACUGAGAGGGAAAGGCCGACUGAGGACAACUCGUCGACUGGUGAUUUGCAAGACGCCGCCAAGGACUCGCCCCACAUUUGCCGUUGCUCGUCCGGAGGAUGUGGCAGCACGGACGUGAUCGUCACGCAGCCACGGCCGUCAACUCCACCACCAAACAGCAGUCGGGUGCUGGAGGCCGGCGAAAUCACUGUAGAGAGGACAGAGGUGGCUGUUGCGAGGGAUUCACGGUCCCAGCAAUCUGACGGUGACGUCAGCCGGUAACAAAGAGUUGCAUUGUAGGGGCCUGUACAGGUGGUGCACAGUGCAACCGGCUGGGUCACAACUCCUAGUAUCCGAUUGAGCUGAGAAACUUUGAAAUCACUUUACCAAAGCCCCAAGGCAUUUAAUUUUUUUCUGCAGGGGAUAGAACUAUAUUGAGACAGAAACUGAAGGUCAUUAUUGAGACAAUUAAACAAAAACAUCGUGUAUAUAAAGGCUGCCUUUAUAUUGCGUCUGCCCUUCGACGGGCACCCUCUGAACAUCAGGACGAGUGUAAUUAUUCGUGUGCUGAUGUACAAUAUGAGAGCCAGUUCAGGCAGCGUGUUUUAACAAAAACAAAUCGUUGGUGCCCGACCACAGAUACUUGUUCUUCUAACCAAAAUGAUCCUUUACCAGUCAAUAUGAUUAUGCAGGGCAAUCGGCUGUCAACUCUAGUUCCUUAGUGUGUAAAGGGUACCAGACCUUCAAGCUUUACUACCGCAUAAUGUGUCACGGUAUCACUGCAUACUACUCCUCUGCUUGGGCACACGUGCUAGCAAGCUACCUCGACCCACAUUUUAUUUCGGUCAUAAUUAAUCAUUCUUGAAACCAGUUUAAUGUUGCAUUUACUUCUAUUAAGCCAUUAUGGCGGUUUCCCGCACAUUUCAAUGACCACGGGUGCGGAAAAUAGAUUGUUUAACUUAAGUUCCACUCUCCACCCACAUGUCUAGCCGAACUCACCAACCCCUAAAUAGAAGCACCAAAUUGUUUUAAGUGUGCUAACGCUAACCGCCACUUGUAAUUACCAUCAUUUAUUUUUUGGCGAUAGGCUUACACCCGGGCCGGGUUACCCAAACAAAAUCUCCGCCGUGUGUCCCCCUGACCCUCCCCGUAACAGUGCUAUGGGUGUUGUGUAUAAGGAGCAGUUGUAGCGGCGUUGCUCGAAGUAAUACCGCGCCGCUCCCUAAAAUUGCCGGGGAGUAGGCCUGCAUGAGGUUCGGCGAGCCGCCUACUAAGAACUUGUAAGAACUUGCUUGUCCAGUGGCAAAAAUCUGUCAUCGUGUGACGCGUAUAGGCGACGGUACUACUGUCGCGCCUCGAGACUGUUUUUCUCCCGAGUUCCAACGUAAUUAUUUCAGGUCGUGGUUGGCUAACCUAUUGAAAGAUUUUUGGCCGUCUUUCAUCGGUGGCGGUUCGCGUGUCUUUGGUCAUGACGCUUUUGUGAGAGGACUGGGAACAAGUUUUUGAAAUUCGUACUUGGCACUAAAUUGAUAAGAGCAUACAUUUAAACAUACAAGUUAUGUCAAAAUGUGAAUAAUAACAACAACAAGUCGACCCAGUUUGGGGAAUAAGCGCAUUACACUCAUUCAAAUAAAACAAGUUCUGAAAUUGUUCCACACUUUGACCACCCAUCAAGCGAUUUAAUAUUACGCUCCGCCCAUCAAUGGACCACUUCUUUGAAGCACAGUAGAGUAUCGUUUACGUUAAUGUUGUUAAGAGAUUUGAAGUCUUUAUGAAGUCUUAACUAAACAGUAACUGAUUGAAAUUACUCCGUAUUCAGCUCAAUGUUUUGAGUCUUGUACAGCUUAAACUUCAUCUCAAGAGCACCUUUUUAAACCGCUGACUGAGAUAGGGAAAAAACGCUUUAUCAUAAAACUGAAAUCGCCCAGACGGUAUUGUGAAUUGUUUUUUUUAGCGAUGAUUUAUUGCAAUAUAUUUAUAUUUUAUGUAAAAUACGAUUUUUCCAAUGAAAAUCACGUAUACGCAGUAGUGUUCGUUCUGCUUCGUAGUAAAAAAAGAACGCCUUGAAGGCGAGACUAUUUAAAACAAUGUACAUGUAUAUAGAUUAAAGCUCUCUGUUUCAUUACACGACACACUAUCUUUCAGUACCUGUAUUUAUAUGAAUUCUUUUUUUUAAGGAAUUAUGAAUGUCAUUAUUAUCUUAAUUAAAUAAUUUUGUAAUUUAUUAUGUGACUAUACAAGGCUUGUGUAUUAUAAUAUACCUUUUAAAGGAAAAUAUG